AUGGUCAACAUUUUCGUAUUCCUUGGGCAGAGAAUAAAUAUAUUGAUCUUUACCUUGGUCGCUGAAAAUGGAGGAUUGAGAAAAGUUUCAGAAACUAGACGUUGGUCACAUAUUGCCAAAUGUCUAGGAUUUAAACCAACAGCUGGACCAUCACUUAAAUAUCAUUAUACCAAAUGGAUUCAACCUUUUGAAUUGCACCUUUCAGAUUGUAACGAUGACACUGGACCAUCUACCUCAGAAGAUACCAAAGACGAAUGUAAAAAUGUACCUCAAACUCGCCGCCAAAGUCGAAUGAUGGCUGGCCUCGAAAAGAGACGGAUAAAGCCGAUUCCUUCAUUGGACAAGAGUUCUUUGCAAGAUAAAUCUGAUCAUCGAACUCCAAUUGAACUUGUAAUUUGUGCAAAAUGUGGACAUGGAGAUGAUGAGGCUCGUUUACUACUAUGCGAAACAUGUGACAAUUCUCUUCAUAUUUAUUGUGCUAACCCACCUCUUAUGGAAGUCCCAAAAGGCGAAUGGAGAUGUCAUACUUGUGUUACUAAUGCAGUCAAAAGUGUUUCAACAGAUUUUGGUUUUGUAGAUUCUCAACAAAUUUUUAAUUUGAAUACUUUUGGUGAUUGGGCAAAUACUUUCAAACAACAAUAUUUUAAAGAGAUUCCGACGAAUGUACCUCGUGAAAAGGUUGAGGCAGAAUUUUGGCGUAAUGUAGUCGACAUUGACAGCGUUGUUCAAGUUAAAUAUGGAGCUGAUUUAAUUUCGAGUAAAGUAGGAAGUGGAUUUCCUCGACGUGAAGAUUCUUUAAAUGGAAUUGAUUUUAAAGAAAAGCAAUAUUAUGUUAAUCAUCCUUGGAAUUUGAAUAAUUUGCCAAAACUCAAGGAAAGUGUUCUCUGUCAUAUGCAUACUGAUAUUUCUGGUAUGAUGGUUCCAUGGGUUUACGUCGGAAUGUGUUUCUCAACCUUUUGCUGGCAUGUUGAAGAUCAUUGGACUUACUCAAUCAACUACAAUCACUGGGGCGAACGUAAAAUUUGGUAUGGGAUACCUGGCGAUGAGGCUGAACAUUUUGAUCAAGUUAUGCAAGAAUCUUUCCCAGAAUUAUUUGCUGAUCAAAACGAUUUAUUACAUCAUAUGACAACAGCAUUAAAUCCUCGAUUUUUAAUCGAUAAGGGCGUCCCAGUUUAUUCGUGCCAUCAAAACGCAGGGGAAUUUGUUGUGACUUUUCCUAGAGCAUAUCAUGCUGGUUACAAUGAAGGAUUGAAUUUUGCGGAGGCUGUCAAUUUUGCUCCGCCUGAUUGGCUUCGAAUGGGAAGACAAUGCCUAGAAAAUUAUGCUUCAGUUCAACGUAAUUGUGUUUUUUCACAUGAAGAACUUUUAAUGAAAAUGGUUGGAUAUGCAAAGAAAAUGAGUAUAAGUAUGUGUUUGGCAACACUUGAAGAAUUAAGUUGGAUUGUGUCAAAAGAAACAGAAUUUCGUAAAAAAUUAUCUGAAGCUGGUUUGCGUGAAAGUCAAUUUUGUAAAUUUGAAGAUCUUUCGGAUGAUGACAGGUUUACUUUUUUGAAAAUUUUUUUAAAAACUUUGAGAUUUAUUUUAAGAGCUUGUGCGGUCUGUCGAACAACUUUAUUUUGUUCUGGUUUGGUUUGUAAGCAUGAAGGAAAAAUUGUUUGCUCUCAACACGUUGAUAGACUAUGCGAUGAAUGUUUUAUAAGAGAUUCUUGCCUUAAGUUUCGCUAUACACUAGAAGAUUUAGUUCCUAUGGUCAAACGCCUUUCUGCCCGUACAACUUCAUAUUUUGAAUGGAAAAGGAGCCUGUCUCAAUUUAAUAAUUUAAUUGAAGAAGUUUAUAAUUCUCAACAAAAUGGAGGAGGAGAAGACUCUGUAAAACAAAAAUUAGAUGUUAAUAAAAUGCGAACACUUGCUGAUAAAUGGCGAACUUCUCGAUUUCCGCAUUGUGCUGAAAUUCAACGAAUCAAUCAAAUUUUGUCGGAUUUUGAUAAAAUAACAACAAGUUUAAAUAGAAUACUUUGUCGAAAGAUUCGUCUAAGAGAUCAGACAAUCUGUCAAAAGGUGGAUACUCGCUGUGAAUAUUCUGAAGUUUUAAAUUUACGUGAUCAAUUGGAAAAAUCAAUUUUUGAUGAUGAUGAAUUGGAAAUUGGAUUAAAGGAACUUUGUGCUAAAGUUGAUAAUUGGAAACAACGAGUUCAAAAAUGUUUAGCAGAUGAAUAUUCUGGUUUUCGCUCAAUAGAUGCUCUUUACUCACUUAUUAAUGAGGCUGAAGAUGAAUUUAAUAUACGUUUGGAUGCAGAGGGGUUAGAUGAAUUGAGAUCUGUCCUUGAACGUUACCAAUGGAUAAUUAAAGCUGAAAAAUUGCUGCAACAAAUUAAUCAAUUUGUAAAUAUUAAACAUGAAGAGGACCAUGAACAAAAUGGCAUUACAAAAAAUAUGGAAGAGGAAGACGAAGAAAAGCAUGAGCGUUUGAGUCUUCAAAAUAUUGGGAAAUUGGUAAUUGAGUCGUCUAGAUGGCUACAAAAUUGUCAAAACGUUGCAAAUUUAACAAGACAAUUGGAAGAAAAAUUUGAUUUGGGAACUCGAACUGAAACAUUGGCAACUGAUUUUUUGGAGAAUUCUUCUAGUAAUAAUAAUGUUGGAGGAAUUGAAAAAGCAGAAGAAUUUUGGAAUGAAAAUUUGUCGGUUGUUGAUUGGCUUGAGUCGGAUUCUUUGCAAACUUUUCGAGAUGAAUUGGAGGUUGCUCGACAAAUCAACACCGAAUUUGCUUCACUUAUUAAUGGAACUUUAACUUUAGCUAAACUAGAACAAUUAAAUAAGACUUGUUCAAAUUCAAUUUUUGAACGUAAUUCCCAAAAACAUUCAAAAAUCAUUCAAAUGGCUGAUGUCUUGAACAAAUUUGUAGAUAAAAUUAAAACAAUUUUUCUAAUAAAUUUUAAUUAUUAUAAUCUUUUUGAUAUUAUUGCGGGAAGAAGUGAUUUACCAGCUUUAGUCGAAGGCGACCCUUUACAUCUUUCACUUUUUGAGUCGACGGAUUAUGCUGAAAAGUAUUUUUAA